AUGACGAACGAAGGAGAACGCAGCCCAAUACCUUCUAUCAAAGGAAUAUUGUUUGAUUUGGAUGGGACCUUGUUAGAUACAGAGAGUCUGAGUGAUCAGGCGCUACUGAUGGCAUUUGGCGAUUCAUUACCAAAUACUAUUGACAAGAUUCCAUGGGAAUUGAAGCAACAACUCUUGGGUUUGAGGGGUGCAGAGUGGGUUCCAAUUGCUUUGAAAUAUGGUGCCGAGAAAUGGGGUGUGGAAAAUGCGCCUUCACCGGCUGAAAUAUGGAAGAAUUGGGAAGAUAGGUUGAAUUCACUGUGUCAUCAAGUCGAAAAAUGCAAAGGUGCUCAAGCAUUGGUCUGUGCAUUGGCAGCCAAGAACAUGCCCAUGGCAAUUGCAACCUCUUCAAGAUACGCAGGGGUGAAUAAGAAGCGAAUGCGGCACGAGGACAUAUUUCAGCAUAUUCAGCUGAUUGUCGCUGGGGAUGAUCCAGCGGUAAAGAAUGGAAAACCAGCACCAGAUAUCUAUCUAGAAGCGGCACGCCAACUGAAAGUGGAUCCGAAAGAGUGCUUGGUGUUUGAAGAUGCGUUGUCAGGAGUCAGGGCUGGAAAGGCUGCAGGUUGCUUUGUCGUGGCCAUUCCGGACUCGAGGUUCACCGAAAAGGAAAAGACAGUCUUUCGAGAAGAAGCCGAUUUAGUGCUAGAUGAUUUGACGAAGUUCGAUGGUUCAAAGUUUGGAAUAUCAUUAGAUUUGACAAAGACGUAA